UUUCAUUUGUUCCAGAGGUAUAUAAACCUGUUUUAGUUAUCUUAAAACAGCAAAUCUUUCCACUCAACACUGUUGAAACAUCUGAAGGCAAAUGCAAACCUAUUUCACUGUAGAUUUUAUUUCCAGAGUGUUGAAUGAAAAAGCCUCUGUGGGUGGAAGUGUUUUGGCAGUGCAUUAAUCAGCUGAAGACACACACACACAUUGAACACAGUUUUUUUUUUUUUUUUGCUACAGUAUGGGCUCCAAAAAUGUUCAAAUACAAACUUUAGGUUGUGUUUUCAUUUAAAGGUUGUAACCAUGGUUUGCUGAUCACCUCUUUUGUUAUUAAAAUUGAAGAUAUAGACUUGCUCAACCAAUUUUCACCCCAAUCUGUAUUUUCUUGGUUUCCAUGAUGAUACAAGAAAGUGGUUCUUUUUGAGUGCUUAUUCAGAGGUUUACUUUUGUUUUUUGUUUAUGUUUUGUUGUUUUUAAGUGAUUUUGAUUGCAAUUUCAUUAGCCUGGGUACCUGGUUUUACCAUAAUAUUUUUUAUGUGAUUAACUGUUGUGUGACACAAUAAUAUGUGUUUAUUGUACAACUUUUUGCUUGUUGAGCUUAUUUCUUUUUACAAGACAAAGAGGCUAUUAAUAGCACUGAGACUCAUUAAAUAAAAUUACUUAGUUAGUUCUCAGCUUUCCUGCGAUUCUGCAGGAAAGCUGAGAACCAAGUGAAGCGGUUACCGGCACAACCUCAUCAUCAUUUCCUGUGCUGCGGCACAGUUUCCAUGACAGCUAAGGGAAAUUUAUGAAUAUAAAGAAACACUGUAGGAUGGUCCUGACUCAAUUUAUGAUGGAAUGGAUUGUGUUGACAGUCCUCAGCCUCUGUCUGCCUGUGUGGAGUGCUGUGAAGGUGAUUCAGCCAUACAGAGUAGUGAGCACCAAUGGUACGGCACAGGUCCAGUGCUUUCUCCAACCUCGACCCUCCUAUCACCAGAGCGAACCCUCCCAAGACCACACUCUGCCAUAUCCCUACCCCGACCCUGAGGAUCUCCGAGUGAGUCUGCUGAAAGGCCUCAACGGCACCCAGAAAUUCUGCUCGUGCAGCCUCAACUUAGGGCUGACAAAGGCAGAUGUGAAGAAAGAAGGAGAGGUGCUGUGCUACGCUCAGGUGAGGGAGGGUGCUGUGGAGGUGACAGUUUCCGGACUGAAGGCAACAGACACAGAUGUGUAUCACUGUGAGAUAGAGGUCUUCUACCCACCACCAUACCUGAGAUUUACUGGCAAUGGCACACUCAUUCAUGUCCUAGACAGCUCUGAGUGUCCUGUGCCAGAGGCUCAGAGACAGAUCACACACCAAGGUGAUGAUGAGACUGAUGAGAGUUAUGAGAGGAUGGCACCAGUGAGUGUUCCCGUGAUUGUACUGCUGACACUGGUCAUGUUUGUCCUCAUCAUCAUGAUCUAUGUCCAGACUCUCCAGUGUGAACGAGGGAGGAGGGAGAUUGCCAGCCUGUUUCACAAAGCGGAUGCUGCUGCAUUUUCAUGUGACAACAUUGCAUGAAAAACACACUUCCAUCCUAUCCAAAGCAGCACUGACCUACAAGCAUUAGAAAACCAUUGAUUUUAAAUGGAAGGUUAGAGGAAUAUAGUGCCAAUAUUGGCUGUUUAUUAAUAUCACCUCUGUUAUGCUUGAGGUUCAUUUCUGCACACAUUUAUGGAUAAUAGCAAAAUGACAUUUGUGUGUCUGUGCAUAUUUUACUUAUUAAGUAUAAAAUAAUGUUUACAUUGUUGUAAACACAAUUCUUUGCAUAGCUAACACUGUGUACAUACUAUUUGUUUGAUUGAAACUGAAUCACUCAACGUUUAAGUUGGUUAAAUGCUCCAGCUAAGAAAAUAUAAUGCUUUGAAUUGUUAAGGCGCAUUAGGGGCUACUUGACUGUAAGUGUACUGAUAGUAAACUUGCGUGUGCACAUUUUGUUGCUGUUGCAAUGUUCAGUAAAUAUUC